GAUGGGGCAAAUGCCACUUUAUUUCCUUCCCUUGUCAUAUUAUUUCACCGCUCUCCCAAACAGACCCUUAUGCUUGGUUCGUGCCAGUAUCAAGAUCUCUGUGUCAGUGCGCAGUUGACCCCUAGAUCUCUCCCUCCGUUUUGGACAGCUCCUUUAAAUCUUUCGGUAAUUUUGAGGUGAUAGGUAGUUUGUUGGCUGGGAGUAGUCGAUUUUGGCGGUAAUGGCGGGAGGAGUUAACAGGAAGAUAUCAGCAGCAUCGGCGAGAGCUCACACUAGAAGAGCUAAGCAGAACAGUUCGUUCAAGCUUCCGUCAGGGAUAUUUACAAAGAUACUAUUGGUAUUCUUUGUUGGGAGUUUGGCAUGGGCUUAUCAGGCAAUCCAGUCUCCACCACCCAAGAUUUGUGGGUCUCCAGAUGGCCCCCCUGUGACAGCACCAAGAAUAAAGCUUAGAGAUGGAAGAUACUUGGCUUACAAAGAGCAUGGUGUUCCGAAAGAUAAAGCAAACUAUAAAAUUGUUUAUGUCCAUGGAAUUGAUGGUUGUAGACAUGAUUCUCUUCUUGUCAACAACCUCUCCCCGGAUAUUAUGGAAGGCCUAGGGGUCUACGUUGUGACUUUUGACAGACCAGGUUAUGGAGAGAGUGAUCCUGAUCCAAAACGAACACCAAAGAGCAUAGCUUUAGACAUGGAGGAGCUUGCUGAUCAGCUGGGGCUAGGAUUGAAAUUCUAUGUAAUUGGCAUUUCCAUGGGUGGGGAGGUAAUAUGGACAUGUCUCAAGUACAUACCUCACAGGUUAGCUGGAGCAACAUUGUUAGCUCCUGUUGUUAACUACUGGUGGCCCAACCUUCCUGCAAAUUUGACGAAUGAAAUCUACUACCAGCAGUUACCUCAAGAUAUGUGGACGCUACGUAUCGCUCACUAUGCUCCUUGGCUGACCUAUUGGUGGAAUAACCAGAAAUGGUUCCCUGCAUCUAGUGUUUUGGCUCAUACUGAUAAUAUUUUUUCUCGACAAGACAAAGAGUUAUUGCCUAAGCUUUCCGCAAGAAUGGAAUAUGCGGCACAAAUCAGACAGCAAGGAGAAUUCGAGUCUGUCCAUCGUGACCUGAUUGUUGGAUUUGGCACUUGGGAAUUUGAUCCUAUCGAUCUGGAAAAUCCAUUUCCCAAAAAUGAAGGUUCUGUUCACCUGUGGCAAGGGGAUGAGGAUACUUUGGUGCCUGUUGAACUACAGCGCUACAUUGCCCAAAAGCUUCCAUGGAUUCAUUACCAUGAGCUAAAAGGUGCUGGACACUUCUUUACAGUUGCUGAUGGUAUGAGCGAUGCUAUAGUAAAAGCACUUUUAGUUGGAGAGAAGUAAUCUGACAUAGUAUAUCUGGGGCUAUCUCAGGUUAGUUUAUCUUUGCAAUUUAGUUCUUGCAGUGUCGAAGCUUCUGUAUCGGAUAUUAAGGUCCCAAUGAUCUGUUUCUCUCUGAAAAUGCAAAUUCUGAGGUUCAGUCUUUUAAA